AUGUCCAACCCCCCCCCGGCCCCCACCCGUCCGAGCACGUCGACGAGAAAACGCGUGGGACCUUGCGCGUGGUUAUUUGUCGUGCAGCAUCGUGGUUUUGUGAUGUGGGCACAGGCGUGCUGGAACAUGGCUGUAGUGGGGGUGGAGUGGAGUGGAGUGGGGUGGGCUAGGUAG